UCUCAUGUGAGUGACUCUAGAAUAUAUUAGCAGACAGAUCCACAGAGAAACUGACAAUUAUUUCUGGGUUGAAGCCUUUGCUUCAUAUUUCAGGGGAUUUAUUAAAUAACAAUACAUAAAUAUAUAUACAUAUCUGUUCUAAAUGGAUUACCGAGGAGUUGGUUCUAUAUUUUCUAUUAUUUUAAUUUCAUUAGCACCAAUAUUUGCAAAUGAUGUACCUGCUCUGAUAUGGUCACCUUCACGUUCAAUGAAUGACCUGCCCACAGUAUUUAUGGGUAAUAAAGUCAGUGCUGAUACUUUCCAUAACAAUUACCUGUUGCCACUAUCAAAAGAGUCCAGAUCCAUUGUGAUUUUUCUUCAAGACAAGCUUGGACUUAACCACCUGUCUCAUUAUGCUGACAUAUAUAAUGAUGACGGGAAAGGUGGAGUAUUUAAAAAUGUCAAGAAAUUCAUGGAAAACAGCUUCUCAACCAACUUGGCAUCAGUCAGUAAUCCAAUGGCUGCAGUAGAAGGUUUGAAGAAAAAAUUCCUUGACAACUUUAUAGAAGUUCACAAUCCACUAAAGAUUGCUUCAAUGAAGCUAAACACAGACAAAUCUCAUUUGUUUCUUGUGCACCUUCCUGAUUUAAUUGGAUCUUCUAAUGAAGCAGUAACUCUGAAAAACAAUGAUGACUUGAUUGCAAAGACAUUGAAAGAUUUGAAUCAAAGAGGCUUCCAUUAUUCAGCUGUGUUAACUGGGAUGACUCCUGAUAAGGAAGCUGCUGAGUCUAACUAUCUGGGACGUCAUCUAUUACAAGCCAAGGAACCUGCUAACCAAAAUUCAACCCCUAUCUAUUUACCUUAUCCCACUUGUCCUUUUUAUGCCCAAAGUAUUUCUUUGAAUGUAUUUGAAGGCAACAAUGUAACACAAUAUAAAUUUUCCAAUUUAACUUCCCAUAAUGUUACAUGUAACAACAGAUCAGCAAGUUAUAUAUUCCAACUGCAGUCUACAGUUCCAACUUUCAGUGCAACUUUUAAUCUUGAUAUUAUCUUGAAUUCCUCUGACUGGCGCAUUGAUUCAUUUGUUGUGGAAUAUGAACUGAAUGGAACAACUCACACUCCUGGCUUGAAAGCUCAAUUUAUCUCAGCCCCUAAAGUGUUUUCUUAUCAUUGUACUAAGUUGAUAUUGUUGCGUGAAAGUCAAAAUAGCAGCAGAAUUAGUGUUGAAAUCAAGGGGCUACAGAUUCAGCCUUUUGAUGGGAGAAAUGGAACAUUUACCAACAAUGUGUGGGAUUGUACAGGUUUCUUUUCCAUUGGUAUUUGGAUGGGGUUGAUUAGUACACUUAUUCUUGGUAUGAUUCUUGCAUUUGGUCUGUGUAUGAUUAUGGAUAUCAAAACUAUGGAUAGAUUCGAUGACCCUAAAGGCAAAAUGUUUUCAGUACCAGUAAUGGAGUGAUAGAGUUUGAAAUGAUUUUAAUACUAAAAAUCUAAAAACAAGCAAAAACAACAAAAACAAAACAAUCUUAAUACAAUAACAUCAAAGACGAAUUUAGUUCCAAUAGUUUCAAUUGUUAGGUAUAUAAAAAAAACAAAAUAGAUCUUCUUGAUAAACACCUUAGAGAUAUUUUCAUAAAUCAAGGUUUAGUAUUAAAUUCUGUGAAUUUCACAAAACUAUCUGAUCUUUAAUUUGUUUUCUCAUGUUGGUAAAUUUAGUGAAUUACACUUUUUUUUUACUGAGAUUUAUUUAUUUAUUUAAAUUAUUUUCAAUAUGAAAUCUGUAUUGUCAUAUAUAUAUAUAUAUAUAUAUAUAUAUAUAUAUAUAUAUAUAUAUAUAUAUAUAUAUAUAUAUAUCUUUCUUCUUAGUGUUUUUUGUUUCUAAGGUUUAGGUUAAUAUAAGUUGCUUAAUUAUAAAAUGCUAAUUGUUUACCUUUUUGCUUUUAGUUUCUUAAUAUGUUUUGUACUGCUGAAAACAUUUAGCAAUGAUUUUUUUCAAAAAAAUUAUUUUUGUCACUACUAAUUUAUAGGGUUAAUUAAUUUCAUCUGGAUUGUGAAAUAAUUUGUGUUAACUUGAUGAGUCUUCAUGGAAUGGUGAAUGAGCUGCAUCUAAUUUACAUCUUUAUCAAGAGAACACCUUCAUCGUAAAUCUCUUGUAAAUAAUAUUUUAAAAGCUGUACAUUCUCUGUCUUUUCAUUCUGUAUCAUCAACCCAUAUUGGCCCACUGAAUAAUAUUCUUUCUUCUUUCUAUAAAGAAUACCUUCUUAACAUUCCUACUGCUAGAAUUCUAGUCCCUGCUCAAAAGAAUGUUUCAUAUUGGCUUAUACAGCUGCAAGGAUCAAACCAGAACAAGCGAUACUAUAAAUUACAAAAGUUUGUUACUGUUAUUUUUUUGUUUUGGAGGUGUUGUGUUAUUAGUAGAAUUAUUAUCAGCUUAGUGAUAAUGUUCUGAAAAUAUCUGUAAAGUUGUCUUCUGUAUGUAUAUAUUGAAAAAUGUGAUUUAUUUAUUUUUUUUUUCAUGUUUGCAUUUGAAAGAAUUGAAUUCCAUUGAAACUAGUUAAUUUCAAUAAAAAGGAAACUCAAUUUAGAAUUUACUUCUAAAGUUAAAAAUCAAAGUAAAGAUUUACUUUUUCUUGUAAUUUAAAGGUUACUCUCUGUGUCUCCCUAUAUGUGUGUGUGUGUGUGUAUGUAUAUAUAUAUAUAUAUAUAUAUAUAUACACACACACACGCACUCACACUCACAUGUAUACAUGCAUAUAUAUACACAUUCAUAUACAUGUGUUUGUGUGUAUAUAUAUAUGUGUGGGUGUAUGUGUUCAAAAUGUAGAUUAAUUUGUAAAUUUGCAAAGCUCUUUAAAAAAAGCCUUUCCAAAUAUAUAAUGUAUAAAAAAUUUCUCAAGAAAUAGUUUAAAAUGAAACUAAAAAUUACAGCAGUUAAUUCAGUUAAACUGUAUUAUUAGAAAAAAAAAUUUUUUUUUUUCCCCAAGAAUUAAAUGAAAAAUUCAAAAGGUUAGUCUUCCAAGCAAUAUCUUGACAUUCUGCUCUUGGAGUAUCUAACUGCCAAUACAUUGCAUUGGACUUUUAUUCAAGGAAUUUAUCAAAACGUUUUCAUAAUCAGAAAAGUGUGUUGUAAGAGAAAAAACUCUGAUUGUGAUUAAUUUCACCUUUCUAUUUGUGAAAUUUUGUAGAAUUGGUUAGAGAUAAGAUAUGACUUAGAUCAACUCAUAGUUUUUUCUUGGAUCACUGAUACAACCAUUGUUAUAUUUCUGGAAAAUUGUUGCAUAAGUUGUUGAUAUUGUUCUUUUCUCUCUUUUUUUUUUUUUGUGAAUAAAAUAAUGGAGAAAAAAAUUAAA